AUGUCUACCAAACUAUUUCCUCUUGUCUUUACAUUGAUAAUCCUUAUUCUACUGGCCAAUAUUCCUCAUAUGGUAAAAGCUCAAUAUGGUUUGGGAACAGCUUGCAAAUGGGUCAAGGGAAAGACAGGCUGGGGUUGUGAUGAUAAAAUAAGCCGUGCGGUUUGGCGCAAAAUAAAUGGGGUAAACAAUUGUAAUGAUUUUUGCCACGGACGUGCAGGUAAAAGAGGUGGUCACUGUAUCUCAAAUGGUAAUUAUGAUACAAGUAGUUGGUGUCCUAGAGGACAAACAUGCCAGUGUUAUUAA